AUGGCAGUCCUAUCCAUUUUACUAAGUUAUUCAGUAAUUCCUUUUGGUUAUCGCCUUAUUCUAGCUAAUCUUAGUAUUAGUAUUUUUUUAUGGAUCGCUGUUUCAAGCCUUGCUCCCGUUGGACUUCUUAUGUCGGGAUAUGGAUCAAAUAAUAAAUAUUCCUUUUUAGGUGGUUUAAGAGCUGCUGCUCAAUCAAUUAGUUAUGAAAUAUCAUUAACUCUAUGUGUUAACAAAAACGAGUGGAUGGUUAGUAUCAAGAGAGAUAUGGGCAACUCCUUCCAAAGACACACACCCCCGUUCUCACGUCUUCUGCGUUUUGCCACCCUCUACAGGCAAUUGCCUCGCACUAAUUUUGCCAUUUUUCUCGAUUUUAAUGGAGUCUCAUGUAUCUUGUCUAAGAUUUUAAUCAUAGUAAUAUUUUCUCACUGGGAUUACAUAUUUUUAAUAAAUGCUUUGUUGUUUGUUGAAAAACGUAAAGCUGUGGAUAUGGAUUUCAUGGUUGGCAAGAUUUGA